AUGGAGGAAGCAACCCUCGAUGUCCUCAUCACGAGCAACUACAAGACGUUUGGCCACUUGGCAUUUGCUGUAAGUUCUUUGCCGAACACAGCUGACGAGGAGCAGGUGCAGCAGUGGGUCAAUACAGUUUUCACCCGGCCUCCUACGCCCCAGCAGAUGGCGUGCAUCAGACGGGCGUUAUUCGAGGCUCAGGCCCUUUCGAUUUCAGACAUGAAGAGCCGUGUCGAGCCUCAGUCUGAUGUGCUUGUCAGAAAGAUGCCGGUUGCCGAGCGCAUCGCUCGUCAGACUGCCCUCGAGCGUCAGUUGACAGGAGUGAUCUUUGCUCCCGAAACCACCCCAGGACAUUCAGUGGUUGAUCGUUUGGUAGAUAUGCUCGAGACAGGAGUCAUGGCAUAUCUUGAGCCCCACAAGUACGUAUCGCGCGCGCAAGAGGUUCAGAAUGUCAAAACCGAGAAGUCCUUGAGCAUUACAACAGAUGGCAACUUGAAGGUGAACGCAAAGGUGGAAACGUUGACAUGUGAGGCUAGCUCAGCGUUGACACUGCGCCAGGCGUGGUCGAGGCGGAGCAUCGCCUUUGAGCUUGCCGGCCUCGCCACAUUCACCAUCUUGGAAGGCUGGGUUCAAAAGAUGUUCAUCAUGAUGCAGAGGCCUCCUCCUGAUGGUUAUGUUAGCGUAAGUCUGCAGCAGCUUUUGGCCGCAGAUCGUCAUUUGUUCACUGUCGCAGCGGAUCGCCUGCUUGGCAACCUUCAGGGCACACCAGGGCGUGAAAAGCCUCUCGACACAGAGGUAAAGCGCUUAGCCGAUUCAACCGAGGUGCUGCAGUUUCUUACUUGUCUUCCGAAAGCCACAAACCCCCCUCCUCUGAAGCGUCCUUGGGAGAAUGACAAGGGGGGCCAAUGGAAGGCCGAUGGCAAAGGAGGGGAAGGCAAGGGACGAAAGGGCAAGCACAGGGAGGGUAAGAGCACCGGCAGCGCAAUGCAGCUCCCUCCCGGAGCCAAGGGUUAUAGGUUGGUGCUAGUGGCAUAUUCCAUCAGGCCACUUCCCGCAUCAGCCAAGGCCAUUGGUGUGCCUGCAGGGGCUCAAAUCACCAUCGAGAAUCCCACCAAUUCGUGGUACUGGUCAAUCCUUGCCUUGCAGAUCCGACGGUGCAAGGACAAGUUGCAGGCUCUCGCGGCUCAGGGCCGCCAACAUCGUCGCCACCCGGUGGGGUUUUAUCGUAGCCCAGAGCAAUGGUUGGACGAAGCCGUCGGCCUCGCCCACCCGAUGGAUGUUGCUGCAGCCCUUCCGAAAAUCACGUUGGAUGCCAUCUUAAAAAGCUUCUCUUCCGAUCAGAAGUCUCUGGCCCUCAAGCGUAAGAUUGCCUUGAUGAAGGCAGAGAUCCUCGCUAAAAAGCUUGAGAAGGAUGAGGAAGCUUUGCAUAGAUCGAUGCCAGAUUGGAUGCAAGGUGUUGUUCACGACAAGCGCAUCCUCCUUUGGGAAACGUUGCUUCGACAGUCUGAUUAUGAUGACAUGGAGGUGGUAGAUUUCUUGAAGCAGGGUGUCCCGCUAGUUGGUACUUCGGACUGCCCGCCAUGUUUUGAAACCAAGGUGAGACCUGCGGUUCUAACAGAAGCAGAGUUGAGAGCAGCGGCGCCCGACUUGCGUCGUGGAAUGAUGUCUAGGCCUUUGCAUCAGGAGCCGGAGCACACAGCCCAUCUGCUGGAGGCCACCAGAGAGGAGCUCGCUUCGGGGUUCAUCCAAGGACCAUUCACAGAGGAGCAGGUCACAGCUCACUUUGGACAUCGUCAUUGGCUGGCCAUCCGACGCUUCAUCAUUAAGCAGGGGCAAAAGCUUAGGCCGAUCGAGGAUUGCUGUGAAGCACAUUUGAAUUUGAACGAAGCCUAUGCAGCCACCAUCAAACUUCGGUUACAAGAUGCGGAUUUCUUCGUUGCCAUGGCGCUGGAAGUAGCACGUCUGUCGGGUAACAAUCCUAAGGCCGCCCGGCCUUGGGUGGCGAAAUGCCUCGACUUGGCCAAGGCGUACAAGCAGCUUCCCGUAGCAGGUUGUCACAGGGAUCUUGCGGUCAUCAUGGUAGAAGAAGAAGAUGGGAGUCACUCGUUUUACCUUAGCAAUUCCUUGAUGUUUGGAUCGACUUCAGCGGUCUUUGCUUUCAACCGGGUCUCUAGGAGCAUCUGGUGGCUCUUGACGAAGGUACUGCACAUUCCGUGUUCCCAUUUUUACGAUGAUUUCCCAAUGCUUGUUCCUGAAGACAUGGGUUCAGAAGCGGAUGCCAGCGCCUCAAGGUUUUUGUCUCUCCUUGGUUGGCGUCAUGCCAAGACUGGAGAAGGAGGCAAAGGCCAUCCUUUCGCGAGCCGGUUUGACGUUCUGGGAUUGUCGGCCGAUGUGGCUGCGCUGCACCGUGGCACAUUGGUCCUUUCCAACAAGGAAGGUCGUGCGGAGAAAAUCCAAGAUCUUCUCUGCAUGGUGUCAGAUGAGGGCCGCAUCACGAGGACGAUUACUUUUGCAGCCCGCAAGCCCCUUGUGCACGUCUUUACCGAUGGGUGCUGGCAAGACGGAGUUGCGGGUCUGGGGGCAGUUGUCUUCGACUGUGCAACAAGUCAGGGUCGCGUCUUUCAAGGCAGGCUCCCAGACAACCUUGUGAGGGCUUGGCUCAGUGAGGUUGGUGAGCAAAUCAUCGGCCAGAUUGAGCUGUACGCAGUUCUGGUCAUGAGAUGCUUCUUGAAAGAUGACCUAGCAGGCCGCCGCACGGUCUUCUGGUGUGACAACGAAGCUGCCAGGUUUGGCCUGAUUCGAAAUGAGAGCCACAGCCGCUCCAUGGAUAUCAUGCUUCGCGCUUUCGCAAAGGUAGAAGAUGAGAGCUUGAGUUUCACUUGGAUCAGCCGAGUGCCGUCUGCUUCAAAUCCUAGUGACGCUCCCUCGCGCGGGGAUGGGCAGUCGGUGCUAAAGCUGAGUAGAGCCACUUGCGUAGAGCCUUUUCCAGACUUUCAGGACAACCAGGCUUUGGCCAUCUGA